AUGGCGUUUGAUUUUUUCGAGAGACGUUUGAAAGUUGCCCUGUGUCGCUACGGCAGAGUUGUCGGUAACUACCCAAUCCCAUUUAUCGUCCUCCCGCUUAUGCUCACAUUUUCGCUCGCCGUGGGUGGAUUUUAUUUCACGGGUAACAAUGACAUCGAAUAUUUAUUUACACCGACAGACGGACCGGCCAAGAAGGACAGAGAUUUAUUGGAUAGUCUUUUUCCGAUGAAUUACUCUGGGGAAUUUCUCGCCAAUCGUCAGAACGAUUUCGGAAGAUACGCCAGUGUUAUUAUUUACACGAAAAAACAGAGUGAAAACAUACUCGCUGUCGACUCCCUGCGCGAAAUAUUCGAAUUCCACGACCACGUGACAGAAACGAAGACAAGUAUUGGGAGAGAAGAGUACUCAUACAGACAGUUAUGUGCCAAGUGGAAGACACAGUGUGUUGAUCCAAACCCAGUAUUAAAAAUUUACAACUAUACAACGCAAAAUGUGAAUUUUAUCAACAUAUCGUACCCAAUAAUGGCGGGCCCGGGAAAUAUAUCGUAUUUUAUCGGCGGCAGUCUCGGUGGUGUGCAGUUUUACGGCGAUACUAGUAUCGUUAAGUCGGCAAGAGCCAUUUUGUUGUUCUACCCAUUGAAACAUUCACCGAAUAACAUCGAUGAGGCGAGCGUAGAAUUUGAGGAAGAAAUCACCAAAAUGGCGGCUAAAAACAAAUGGACGAAAAUAAAAGUGACGCUUACGGUAUCACAGACGCUGGCCAACGAACUCGAUGACAUCAUCAUACGAAUGAUACCAAGGCUUAUAAUCUCCUUCUUUAUUCUGACAUCAUUUUCUGUUCUAUCUCUGAUGAUGACUGACUGGGUAACCAGUAAACCAGUACUUGGUACUCUCGGCGUGGUAUCGGCACUGUUAGCUGUGAUUUCGACUAUAGGGUUGCUAAGUUACUGUGGCGUGCCCUUUAUUCAUCUCAACAUUGCAAUGCCAUUUUUGACUCUAGGAGUCGGAGUGGAUGAUAUGUUUAUAAUGAUAGCAUCAUGGCGGACAACGUCACCCCGUACCAGCGUACCUGAUCGAAUGGCGGAGACCUUCUCAGAAGCAGCGCUCUCUAUAACGAUAACAAGCAUUACUGAUGUAUUGGCGUUCGGCAUCGGAGCUAUUUCAACCUUUCCUUCUGUUCAAAUAUUCUGUUGUUAUUGUGGGGUUGCCAUUCUAUUUGACUAUAUUUACCAAAUUACUUUCUUUGGGGGUUGCAUGGCUUUGAUUGGACGGCGGGAACGACAAAAUAAACACUGCCUUACGUACGUAAAAGUGUUACCUAAAAGGGAGUCUACGUCGCGAUGUUACCGGUUAUUCUGCGCCGGCGGUAUUAGUUACAGUACAGAUUGUGAUGACGUGAUUCAGGAUCACUCAAUUAUGACUUUUUUCAACAAAUAUUACGGCCCGUUUGUCACUUUGACGUGGGUGAAGGUGAUUACGGUGAUUUUAUAUGUUGCAUAUGUAAGUGUUGCUAUUUGGGGAAGUUUCUAUGCGAGUGAGGGGAUACAGCUAAGCCAACUCGCUCGUGAAGACUCUUCUGACCCUAAUGGCCUGACAUAUUAUGAACUUGAAGAGAGUUAUUUUAACGAAUAUGGACCAGUUAUACAGGUCAUUGUCACCACACCUCAAAAUUAUUCUAACAUGUCUACUGAACAUGAAAUCGAACGUGUCCUCGCUAUGUACAGAACAAAUAGGUAUUUCUACGAUACGGAAUAUUCCACGCAGUCAUGGCUCAGAGAUUACGUAGAGUUUCUCAACAAAAGUGGACUGACUUACCCGGACGAGGACACUUUUGUUUCUCACUUAAGGAGUUAUUUUCUGACCAAUCCGUUAUACGAACAUUACAAACCAGACAUUGCCAUCACCAACAACACCAUCACGUCCUCACGAUUUUCCGUGCAAUCUCGAUACGUUAAAAAUGUUAAAUCGGCCCAGAAUUUUUUGCAUCAAUCCAGAAAAACAGCCGAGGAUUCAAGCCUCCCUAUGAUUGCGUAUCAUCCGUCGUUUGUAUUCAACGACCACGUUGACGUUAUUCUACCCAACACCAUACAAAAUAUUGCGAUAGCCGCUAGCGCUAUGUUAGUUGUUUCGUUUCUUCUUAUUCCUCAACCGAUUUGUGCGUUUUACGUCACGCUCACUGUCGCGUCCAUAGUUGUUGGCGUCAUAGGUUAUAUGUCAUUAUGGAGUGUUGGUAUAGACUUCGUGUCCAUGGUAACAAUCGUAGUCUGUAUUGGUUUCAGCGUUGAUUACUCGGCUCAUAUGACGUAUGCGUUCGUCAUUUCCAAUCGGGAUACUCGCAACGGCCGUACUAUCUACGGUCUGUAUUUACUUGGUUUACCAGUUGUACAAAGUGUGGCUUCCACCAUCAUCGCCAUAGCUCCCUUGUCAACUGCCAACACUUACGUUUUCAGAGCAGUCUUCAAGACGGUAUUUUUGGGUAUUUUCUUUGGUGGUCUUCAUGGUAUUUUAUUUCUACCUGUUCUUUUAUCGCUCGUCGGUCCCAAUAAAUCACAAUCAUCGAAACCCAAAGCGGACGAGGAGGGUGCUCUUGGGAAACGAAGGUUACGUAUGUGGAUGAAAGACCACAGAAAGGAACCACCAGAAAAACGAUGUCAAAUUAAAAUUACACCCCGCAAAGUUAACUUUGUGAAUGACAAUAUCGAUAAGUUUCAAUUUGAUGGUCAGAUUGUUUUGGGGGAAAAUAACAACCCAGGCUUCAGCAAUGUUUGUUGUUCGCGUAGCGAUGAAUAUGGUUAUUCGUCUCCAAUCAUCCCACCCAAGACUCGAGACUGUGAAGAAAUCGGAGCAAAGACCGUUGUUGUGGCUGACAGAUUCGGGUCGCGCGCUAACUCCGGCAAUGGCUGUGUUAUUCCAUACCAAAAGCAUGACUUGGCACCCAAUAUUGUUGCGAUUGAUAAAGGUUAUGUACUGUACAUCUCAAAUACAUACAUACAGAAGUAA